GCCACGUCAGCAGUGCCACGUCAGCAACAUGACGGGCCUGCCGGGCCAUCUGGCCAAUGAGCCCAUUGCCGACUACAAAAAAGUGUUUCCAUGCUCAGCUCGCUCUAAUCGAGGCUGAGGAACAACGCCAGUUGGCAGCCAAGGCUGCCCACCUACAGGCUGAAGAAGCGGCAACAGCAGAGAAGCUGCGGCUACAGGCCGAAGCAGACGCAGAUGCCCAGGCUCGCCGCAAGGAAACCCCGGCUCUGCUGCAGCGGCAUGAAGCCAGCAGCAUCGAGAAACUCAAGUACUGGCACUUUGAACCGAACGGCGACGAGGCAACACCGGAAGAGCAGCAUAGGGAGUUCAUGGCCAAGCUCGUGAGCAGGUUGGUUUACACGUGUAACCACCUACAGUCCGAGCUGGCAAACCUCCAGCGGGCCGUGCGGAAUCGUAAGACUCAGCACGAGGAUGCCACACGGGCACUGGACGCCCGUGUACUGGGCCUGGAACAAGCUGUACCAGGACCAGAUGCUGGGGCUUCAAGCAGUGCAUCCUCUAGCCGCCAACUGGAACAACGCGUUGACCACGUAGUGGCAAUGCUAGGAGACAUAAGUGCCUUCACAGAGCCGGCCACCAUCAGCCAGCGGUUCGAGUUGCUGGACACUAAGAUCAGUCGGCAACAGCAGACUGACCACAGCCACAACAACAGCUCGGCGAGGCCAUACAAGAUGCCGACGUUCCAGAUCGAGAAACUUGAUGACUACACACAUCAAGACCCGGUCGUCUGGUGGCAAGGAUUUACAACGGAGUUGGGGAUUCAUGAAGUCCCUGACCAUCUGUUCAUCAGUGCUCUGUUCAUCAACACCAAGGGAGGAUGUCAGAUCUGGCUCAGCCACAUGGGAACCGUCCACGACGUCCAGGUUUCAGACCUAUACAAGAAGGUCUCGUGGGAAGAUAUGACAAAGGAAUGGAAGAAGCGGUUCAUCGUCGACGACGCCCCGACACUCGCCGUCAACCGCAUCUUCACGAUGGCUCAAGGGAGCACACCGACACGUGAUUGGCUCACGGAGUGGCAGAAAAUCGUGGCAAUGCCCGAUUUGUUGUCAUUUCCGCAUCUGCGGUGUGAGUUCUACAACAGGUCAUGCACCGCUCUCAGCCUCACACUGGGUGAUCGAGAGCAGUACAACACUUUCGCAGAGAUCAUCAACAAGGCGAGAGAGCUCAUCAAGACUAACAGGCCGGCUGCACACAAGAAGUCCACGUGGCAGCCAACCUAUAUGGAGAAGGUACGAAUUGUACCAGCUCCGUUGAUGGACGUCGGAGCAGAGGUUGUCGACCUUCACGCCUACAUCGCACAGAUCGACCGCGAGUUCAAGACGCAACGGUACGACGACAUCGACGCACCAUUGCUAUACGUACGCAUUCAGAUCGGAGAGGCGACCUGCAGUGCCUUGAUCGAUUGCGGAGCAUCUCGCAACUACAUCAGCCAGGACUUCAUGACGAUCAGGAACGCAGGCCCUCUCCCACGCAUCGACGACCUUCUCGGGCGAUUGGGCGGUGCCCAGUUCCUCUCUAAGCUGGAUCUCAAGUCGGGGUACCACCAACUCGAGAUUCGCAAGGAGGAUCGCUACAAGUCCGCGUUCAAGACACGGUAUGGGCAUUUCAAAUGGCUGGUCAUGCCAUUUGGCCUUACGAAUGCCCCGGCCACUUUCCAAGCGGCUAUGACAACGGAGUUCCGACACAUGCUGGAUCGGUUUGUACUCAUCUACCUCGACGACAUCUUGGUGUAUAGUCGGAGUUUGGACGAGCAUGUGGAACACCUGCGCAGCGUUUUGGAGCGGCUACAACAAGCCAAGUACAAAGCAAACCGCGACAAGUGCGAGUUCGCACAACAGGAGCUGGAGUACUUGGGACACUAUGUGACGCCGCAAGGCAUCCGUCCGCUUGCGGACAAGAUCGAGGCCCUACGACUAUCUUCGGAUCACCCGCCGGCCAGCCAUUACCGCAUUGCGAUGGGUACUUGCUCCUCCACUCGAGAGGCAAGGACUUACUAUGUAUCCCACGCGACCGUCGUCUUCGGACUCGCCUCCUCGGCGAGUAUUAUGAUUCACGACUCGCCGACCAUUUCAGAGUCAGCCGCACUAUUGCACGACUUCGACAGCGAUUUUGAUGGCCUGACCUCAUUACCGAUGUCACUCGGUAAUGCGACUCUUGCGAUGUUUGCCGACGCAGCAAGCCCCGCAACCGCAAUUCCUACGGCGAAAGACAUUGUCAGCGACUGCGACACUCGUUUCAUGUCGGCGUUUUGGGCUGAUCUCAUGCAGGAGUCCGACACAACAAUGAAACCAAGUUCGGCUCGACAUCCUCAGACAGAUGGGCAGACGGAGCGGGCACAUCAAACCACUCAAAUGAUGCUUCGUACGCUCAUCCGUCCGGACCAGAAAGAUUGGGUUGACCGCCUCCCCGACAUUGAGUCCGCCUACAACACUUCGGUGCAUCAGGCGAUCGGCGUGACUCCAUUCGAGUUGCACCACGGUGGACGGAAAGACCGGAUCUUCGCCGACCUUCUCCUCCCUCGACCAGCUGACAUUGACGCUGCCUGCUCUCCCGCUUCCGUCCGGAACUACAGGGAAUUGCUGACUCAAGCCCACGCAAAUACGCAAAAGGCUCAAGUCCGCAUGCAGCAGCAAGCCAACAGGCGUCGCGUACCAUGUCCCAUCCGCGCCGGUGAUCUGGUUUGGGUCUCCGCGGAAGAGUUUGCACUGGAACAGGAUGUUUUACGCAAACUGCUUCCCAAGUGGUUUGGACCUUGGUCUGUGACAGCAGCCGCGGGCGAUGAGCCCGAUGGCCCUUCAUUUGUGAUCAACAUUCCAGAGCAUCUGAUGGUCCAUCCGGUCUUCCACGCCUCGAAGCUGGCAACAUACACGCCAGCCAAGAGCGACGACUUUCCGGACGACGAUCGUUGGACCCUCCUAUGGAUGGCCAUCAGGAAGUUGACCACAUCAUCCCUGAUGGCAAAUACGGCAGCAAGCCGCGGCAGUACAAAGUCACAUUCAAAGCAUGCGAUCGCGACGACACUCGGUGGAUUUCAGGCGCAGAUUUGAAAGCAUCCGCACCGCUGAUCUACGCGCAUUAUGAAAAGCG